UAUUAACUGCUUGCAAGCGCUGUGGAGCAAGGUAUUCUUUGUGAGGACUCCAUCUGCAGGAAGGAGACAGGCUUAGAGGCAAAGGAGAUUUAUAUUCCACCUCUCAACACCCAAGCGUCCAUUAGUGUUGGCAGCAAGCGUGCAGAAGGGGAGCCGCCGCGCUUGCAAGCUUAAUAUUUUUCCACUUUUUUAGCGCCGAAAGCACAACAAAAACACUUCAACAUGCCCAAGAGGAAGGUCAAUGCUGCUGAUGCUGGAGAUGUCAAGGAUGAGCCCAAGAGGAGGUCGGCAAGACUGUCAACUAAACCAGCCCCACCUAAAGCUGAAAAUAAACCAAAGAAGGAAAAGGCUGCAGUAAAGGACAAAUCUGAGGACAAAAAGGUUCCAGCAAAAGGAAAAAAAGGAGCUAAAGGCAAACAGACUGAAGAUGCAAACAAAGAGGAAAACAAGGAAGACCUGCCUUCCGAAAACGGCGAAACUAAGAGUGAUGAGGCCCCAGCUUCUGAUGGAGGAGACAAGGAAUCAAAGUCUGAGUAACCUACAUCCUGUACCAAGUCUUUUAUCAGUGGUUCCUGUACCUCCCUUGUACAAUUCAGAGGAAUAUUUUUAUCAACUAUUUUGUAAAUGCAAGUUUUUUAGUAGUUUAAUUCUAGAAAACACACUUUUAAGAUAGGAGGAAAUCCCACCAUGUCUUUCCUUUUUAUUUUACACAUUUUGGAUGGAAUACAAUGCCUUUACUUGUUUUUAUUAAAAGGAUAUAAUCCUGUACCAGUGGUUGACUGGAAAAAAUUAAAUGCAGCCCUUUUUACAAUGGGGAGCGGAAGUUUCAAGCAAGCCAUUAAUUUCUGUAUGGCCUUUAUAACAAGGCAGGCUCAAAUUCAACUUGUGGCAAAUGGCUGUAACUGGUUUAUUCCAAUCUCAAGUUUUAAAAUGUCUUAACAUUUUUAAUUGUUCUCUGUACCCAUGUUGUUGUGCAUAAACUUUAAUAAAACUCCCCUGGUGAUGGAUUUCCCUCUAAGAA